GCUCCGAAGAAGGUGAAGGCACCGAAACGUCAGCCUAAUAAAUAUUGUUGCAAUCUCGGUUUAACAGCUCAAAAGAGAACCUCAGAACUGCUAGUAGUUUCCAUCUCACGGGGGAGGGGAAGGAAGCACUAAAUUCUACGGUUACCUGGAGGGCAGGAAAACGCCGAAAAAAGCAAAAGUUUAUUAAAUCAAGAAGAAGAAAGCGAGCACAAAAGGAAAAAAAGAAAAUAACGAGAGGGAGACUAACUUCCUAA